AGAUGGACAGCAGCUCGACGAGCUCCCUUACCGCACUGCAAAGGAUGAGCUUCUAGCCAAAAGACGGCGACGGGACGGAAUGUGUUAAAAGUCCCAAACGAACGAAAUAAUCACUGUGCCAUCAGCUGUUUCCAUGGUAAUCAAUCAUAGAUUUUGCUUACUUGAUGGUGAUAGGAGGGCGAUCGCGUCAUUUCUUGGAGUCGUUUCGUUUGCCUCGUUCGACCACUUCCAUCCACGCCAUUUACCACAAGUAAUUAACGACAACACAAUGACCAAAGUGAACCCAGAGGCUCCAGAGGGUGCUGCUGCUCCUGGUGCAGACAGGCCUCUCAUUGCUGAGGCAACCACAAAGGCGACCAACAUUACAUGGCACGAAGGAGCUGUCAGCAGGGAAGAAAGAGAAAGCUUGCUCGGACACAAGGGCUUGACAAUCUGGUUUACUGGUCUCUCAGCGUCCGGAAAGUCAACCAUUGCCUCAGCUUUGGAACAGCACCUGCUCCACAAGGGCACAACAGCCUAUCGUCUCGAUGGCGACAAUGUUCGAUUCGGUUUAAACAAGAACCUGGGAUUCUCCCCCGAAGACCGGACAGAAAACAUUAGGCGAAUUUCAGAGGUUGCAAAGCUGUUUGCUGAUGCGGCUGUGGUGGCCAUCACGUCUUUCAUCUCUCCCUACCGGGCUGACAGAGACCAGGCCAGGGAGUUGCAUGAGAAAGCUGGGCUGCCUUUCAUUGAAGUUUUUGUGGAUGUGCCGAUUGAGGUGGCAGAACAGAGAGAUCCGAAAGGCUUAUACAAAAAGGCUCGAGCUGGGCAAAUCAAGGAAUUUACUGGUAUUGAUGCGCCCUACGAGGCGCCGGAGAAGCCAGAGAUUCACCUCCGCUCUGACAAGGAAUCCGUUGAGGACAGUGUCAAGAAAAUCUACGAAUACUUGAAUAACAAGGGAUUUUUGUCGCUGAGCCAGUGAAUCUUUCGGGGAACACUCUCACUGUCUGCGUAUAUUUUCCAACUAGAAGGUCUAGGUAGACGAGAUAGGAAACCAGGAGGAGUUACAACCGAGACAUUAUGAACAGAAGCACAGAACAGCAAUUAACCAUGUAAUUAGUAUUUACAUUCGUAUAGAAAACAGACAUGCCGUGAUCAAAACCAAAACAUGAAUCCAUAUUCAGAAAUCAGCUGUCCUCC